GGAGCCGUUCCUCAGUUCUGAGACACUUUCGUAGAAGCAGUUCUCAAGGGAAACAUCGGGAAAGGUGCAACGAGACAGUACACAUCGCUCGAAAUACGAACAGACGUCGCCUGGGUUCCAAAAGUUUGCGGCUUUGACAGUUUCAUUCCACCAACUUCAGCAAACAAUACAACGCCUGAACGGUGGCGGUGCUCGCUCCAAAAAGCAGUAUCAAAAAAACCAGCACUCUAUAUAUUGCCUGUAUAAAUAUCAUGAGAUCGAUCCUUCCUUGAGGUACAACCAGCCUCUGCUUCUUCUAUUUGAGUAGAACAAUUCUCGAUCGCCGACCAACUGCGCAGAGACGCAGUCGCUUCUUUCAAGCCGCGCGUUUCCAUACUCCCUUGUGUCUUAGACAGGAAAGUCUCAGGGAGAAAUGUCUAUUGUUUCUCCCUAGUUCACUUUGAACCACCCCUAGUGUCACCGCAACGAAGUGUCUAUGCCGAAUGACAUAACAGAGACUCUCAAAUGGUUUUGCUCGAAACGUUGACAAGAGCCGAAUUACGCUAAUGCCAACGGGAAGAAGGAUAAACGUGGUGGUCCUGUGAAAGUGGGCGAAAUGGGUCUCUCAAAGAGGCACGGGGGCAAUUUGCACACCUCAAGAGCAGCAACGGGUUCUCUUUGCUCGUCUUCACGAUUCAACAGGUGAACGCUACUCGGGAAGAAACUGAGAAGCGGAAAGAUGUGUCACUUCCUUCAGACAUCACAUGUUUUUCACGUAUGUCCGUGUUUCGCUUACGGGCUGUUGAUUCUGUGUCGUGUCCAGUGCAAAGCGUCAACUGAGCUCCUCGUUAUACCCACCAGAUAUGAGGACGUCCAUGAAAGUCCGCUGAGUUCCGUUGUGGUUCAUUUCUCUUCAUUGCACAACCAACAGCGUUCAGUUGAAAAUUAAAAGGAAAAACGUACGAUGACGCACACAAGGGCGAUUCGCCUUUCUGAGCCACCCUAAACGAUCCGUCAGAUGUGCCUAAGCUCCGCUGUUUCAGGACAACGACGGUGGAGACCUGUUUCAACGACAUCCAGUAAGGAAGGCGAAGCGCCUCACGAGACUAGCCCGCUUUGCGUUUUCCUUGAAACUGCAAGAGCGAGUACUUCUAUGUGAGCCCCUAACCACGGAAGCAUCAUAUGAUGAAUGGCGCUCGACAUUUGCACUGAUGAAAGGAAAUAAUUUCUCUGUGACACCCUCGAAAGACACAUGCAACAAGUUCUUACGUUAUUACGCGGUUCUACCAGAGACCCGCACUGCAACGGAAUGCUGUUUUUCGUGAAUUUCCCCCCCUCUACACAACCGGAGUGGUGUCACACAGCACACAGGCGGGUUCCAUAGUUCAAGUUUUUCAGAGAAAAUGCUCGCAAGCAGCGAUACCUUCGCGCCUGACCGACGAAGCAAUCGGUACUCCUGGAUAGAGACGAGGGAGGCCCGUAGCCUAGCUGUGCACCCUUUCUUUAUUUUUGGAUGUUGGAAACCACGGACAUUCACAAGCUGUUUCCCGUUCGCGCCGCCAGUCGAAGUGUCUGGACUAACGUAAAAGCCAGUGAACGACUCUGCAUUCGUGCACCUCUGCCCCGCUUGGAAACGCUCGAGAGUUGAUUGACCACACGAACUUAUCUAUUCCAAUGCUGUGCCUGCGGUUUCGGUGGUGUGAUCAGCGUGGAAAACACCCGAGCAAAGAUUUUCGAAUCGAGCUCGACGCGUAAGUAUAUGAUAUUCGCGUAAUGUCAGCGAACGGCUGUUCCGUGUAUGCGCGCGUUCUACAGACUUUCGGGUGCAGGAAAAAUGCGAGUGAAACAGGCGUGUUUGUGUGUGAAAAAGAGCGAGAAUCACGUCGGUUGGAGAGAAACGUUUGCUUUGCCCCUUCCCCGUCUCAUUUCCGUGCUUGCCGGGACAGUUACCUGCCGGCGCGCCUUACUCACCAUGCCCGAACUUUGAGGCACACGCAGUGAGACACCCGCUUCGGGUUUCCCGCGCGGCAAAACAUUUCCGAUCUUCAGUGGCAAAAGCGUCGUUGGAUGUAAAACGGAACUGAAGGAAAGUCAUUCUGUGACGAAAAAGAUCCGGUUUGUCCGUUUCCGGGAUGCCAUGAGACGCCGAGUUUCUUGCCGCGUUCCGCGCGGUUCCUCAAUACGGCUGAAUGAGCCCCCGAAGCACGCGGGGCUUUUUUAUGUCACGUUCUCGCGGUCAACUUUUUUUGGCGGCCAAUAAUUCCGCUCUUGCAGACGCGCCACGUUGCUCGACCGACCCUUGUGUCGGGGCUGCGUCUCGAAGUGUCAGAUCUUUCCGCCUUCCAGUUUCACAGGAACGCCUAGUUUUGGUUGGCUUAAUCCUCGCCAUCGCGGGGCGAAUUCAUUUUCUUCUAAACUGCGUGUAAAUUUCGCGGAUCUUUCCUUGUCUGUUUCGUCAAACAUGAGUUUCCGUUGCGAUCUUCGCCGGCCUUCACUGGUUCUCCAAACGCUCGCCUGGAUCUCGCCCUGCCUCUGCAACAUUUUUGGCUGACUCACCCCGCUCCAGGUGGUAGCAACCUCUGAGGCUUUUGUUGUCAUUUGUAGUUCGUCUCUGUUCGCCCAUCCAGGUUUAAUUCACUCAUCCAGCGCCACAGCAUUUCUCUAUUCAUCUUCCCUGGCUGCGUUAGGGGGAGUCUCAGCUGUCAAUCAACCGUUGCCCUGAUGAGCUGCUCGUCGAGGAAGCGGCUGUCCGGUUGUCCUUCGGAUCUGUAUGACGUGCUUACCCCCCAGUUUACUCAGAGUUUCUCGUGGCAGUAAGGCGUGUCUCGAGGUGACUGACGCACUGGUAGUGGCUUUUCUUGUCUUUUCCGCCAUGAAGAACGGGACCGAGGUAGCCGCCGCGUCGUGCGCGCUCGUUGCGGAAGCGGCGGCGGUGGAAGCGGCCUCUCUUUUGCUUUCUGCAUCCACGAGCAGGUCAGACAAGAAGAAAACGUCCGGAGUGGCUCCGCAGAACUGGACGACGCGUACUCCGACUUCGAGGACGGGUGAGAGCAGCAAAAGUCGGAGUUUCAGCGAGAGGAACGGCGGGGCUCGGAGCUCUCAGUUGUCGUCGCCGAAGCAAGCAGGUGCAUCUGAAGAUGCACAAAAGAAGGAGAGAACGGCUGGAAGGCGCAACUCGUCGAAUCGGACGGCGAGCUCGCCAUUGUCCGGCUCUCCGCAAUCGCGAAAAACCGUCCGAGAGAAGAACAUUCCCUCCCGAGGUGUAGGGGGUCCACGGGCUGCCGCUCCUCCUCCUAGGUCCAUAGCGGCGCCUCCUUGCUCCGGUCCGCUGACACCGAGUCCGAGUCUGAACAGUCGCAUCGGUUUGGAGCAGAAAAAAUGCCAAAGCUCAGAAAGCACAAACCCGCAUGCUGCGGAAGAAGGCUCAGAGGCUUCUCUCCUGUCGAAAUCCUCGAACGUCAGUCGUCUGCCUUCAUGCAAUAGACGCAGUGCAGCCGAAGACAAGAGCCCGUCGACCCGACGCUCCAUGCGGAUCGCAGACGGCACAAAGAAGGCCGAGGCAUCAAAACAAACCGGGGAGGCUGAGGAAAGAAAGCUCGCUGGCUCUUUUGUGCAGGAUGAGUGGGAGCCGCUUGGUGAAGAGGCCGUCGAGCGGGAGACAGACGAGUUACAGGAAGCCUCCAGCUCUGCCAAGCGUGAAGACGAACCUGAAGGUGAGGAAACGCAUAGUCAGAGUGCAGGGUCAGGCGCUGCAGGUAGUAGCGAGUCGGUCCAAACACCACGAGCUGCGUGGAAAAGAAAUCUUCCGUCGAGCAGAACGCCUUCAGCGAAGUCGAGUGGGGCAUCAACACCACACGCGAUUGACGAGAGCGGGAAAGGACCACUGUGCGCGAACGACGUCUCGGUUCUCUGCGAUGUAAGCUGCGAAAAGGAUCUCGAGGACGGGGACGAACCGGAAAAAGGGAAAUCUGACGAAGAUCUGGAAGACAUCUGUCGGCCCAGGACGAACAGUGCCUCAAGUGUGUCGAGCAGCAGCAGCAGCAGUUCUGCUAGCACAGCCUGCUCGGUCUCCAAAGAGUUCGAUUUGAGAGGUCUCAAAGCACGGCCUCCUUGGUGGCAAGACCUUGUGAAACGCCAUGUCGAAGGCGACGGAAACUGCAUGUUCCGUGCUUUUUCAGAUCAGCUAUACGGCACCCAGGACUACCAUUUCUACAUCCGACAAAUGGCCGUCGAGGUGAUGCGGAUUAAACAGAGCGAGUUCGAACCCUUCAUCGAUGAAGCUGACGGUCCCAGUUUUGAAGCGUAUCUGUCCAAAAUUGCGACGGCCGGAGAAUGGGCUGAUGAUCGCGAGCUGCGAGCACUUUCCAUGCUUUACGACUUCUCCAUCGAAAUUUACGACGACAACUUCCACGUCAGGAAAACAUUUUACGAAGACGAGCGCGAGGACGAUCCAGACGGACGAAAGCUCACCGUUCGUCUCAUCUGGAGUGCUACUCCAGGCCAUUAUUCCUCAGUUCAGCGUCGAUCUACUCCAUUUCCACUGUCGCAAGACCACGGGGUAGGAACGCUUGAGUACCUUGGGUUGCGGCGGCUGCUGCUACUGGAGGAACAGCUCAUGCAGCAGCAAGAGAGCGCAGCUCAACUGGAUGCAAAGGAGCAGCGAGCGCUCGCUGAAGAGUGGGGCUUGGAUCCAGCAGAUCUCGCGAAACUCGCUCAGCAGCAGCGGCAGCUGUUUGCGGAGGCAGCCGCGUCGACGAUGCAGAAGAACCGACCGCAGAAGAAGGCCCAGGAAAUCUGCAGUCGCAUCUGGAGUUUGUUUGAAGACUACCGAGCCGCGCUUGCUCAGAAACACAGGUCUGAGCACCUGGGCGUUUCGCCAGGAGCUGGCGCGCCGGGAGGGAACCUGAAGGCCCCGGCCACUGGAGCAAACAGAGCCUGUCUGCUUCCACCUUACACCGUGCGUGUGAAUUCGCGGGGGACGCUGGACGAACUUCAAGCCGGCUUGCAGCUUUCGCAAAACGGGGGCGGUCUGCGAGUGGAUAGCGAAAGGCUGGGUCUCGCUCCUGGCGAAUGCUGGCGAGCUGCCUCUGGGUACCCAGCUGGGCUAGGGCGCCAAGAUGCUGGGGGUUUGCUCGCAGCUCAGCACGGAGAGCCCGCGACGCGGGCUACGACCUCCGGACCGCGAACAGCCGCUUUCGUCCUGCCAUCCUCAGAGGCCCCUGAACCAUCUCAGGUGGCUGCAGCUGGGCGUCUCGGUAGCUCGACAGCAGGGCCGGGGCGAGUGGCCGUCUCUAGAUCCAUGCACACAGAUGGAGAGAGGGCGCUCGUGGGUGUGUCUGCGAGUCCGAAGUCGGGUCAGGUGACUUCGCCGUUCUUUGUUCCCCUCGUGGGAAGUCCGCCGUACCUCAGUGCUUACGGAGAAGUUGAGACCCCCGCACGCCCCGGCGGGUGGGGGGCGGCAGGCCCGAUGUAUUGGCCAAGUCAACAGACCUACACUGCCGAUCAGGUGCGGCUGCGACAACAGUAUCUGUCACAGCAGAAGGUGAAGCAACUGUGGCAAGAGAGCCGAACAAAAACGGACAAGGUGUCCUCAAGUCAGCAAGCAGGGUCAGCCGCGGCGGGCAGCUCACCCUCGGUGUCAGAGAAGGGCGUCUCGACCGUCUCGGGCCCCGCGGCUGGUGGGUCGUUUAUGUCUGACAACGGCCUGCCCAUCGCGUCUUCGUCACGGAGAUCCUCUUCAGUCUCGACGGUCGUUCCCGCGAAUCCUGUGUCACCGAGGCAUCUGCGUCAAGAGUACACGUUCCAGGACGAGAAAGUUGGAGAUACUUUCAUUUCUCCCACCCUGGACACGAGGGGAGCGCGGCCAUUCUCUGCGGGGUCUGCUGGAGGUACUCCUGCAGACAGUCAGAGAGUCGCGGCCUCGUCACCUCUAUCACUAAAUGUCCUGUCUGGGCGUGCUGUCGUGGCGAGCGCGAGCUCCACCAGCGCGUUCAGGCUCACAGGCAGCGCGGGAGUUCCGUUUUCAGACGCGGCGAGUGGGGGAUAUGUGAAAACGCAAGAUGUGUCGCGUGUGGGAGGCGUUCUAUGCCGGACCAACGGGGUGGUGACCCGUGUCGUCUCCCCUGGCACAGCCACAGCAGCUGUGCCUAAAUCUGCGGCGCCUCGAAAUGCGUAUUUGGCGUCUUUGGAAAGCGAUACAAAAACAGACCGUCCGGUGUCAGGGCCGACGCCGGACCCCCAGAUGAAUCUUUUUGUCAAAUCAUCAUCCGCCAAAGUUGAAUCUUCUCUUGAGUCCAGUAUGAUGACGUCAGACGAAUUCGCCCGCAUGUUUAGCACACCGGUAAAAGAGGAGGAGGGAAGCAGAGAGAACUCACGGGAAGCAGAUCCCAGUUUCGGCGUUGCGUGGCGGAAAGCCAACGGGAAACAGUUGUCUGAAGGCAGCGAUGCGAGCAGCUCCUUUAGUCCCGCUUUUGCCGUGGGCAUUCAGCCGAACGAUCCCCGUGGGUUGCCGAAAGAAUCAUCCGCAACUCAGGCAUUCGUGCCUCGAGUGUUCUCCGCAGGCGAUGCUACAAUGCCUUCGCAUCCCUGGAGGCUUGCGAGCGCUUCCGAUGCUGGGGUGAAACAUUGCUUUCGGCGACCAGAUGGGGUGUAUGUACAGGUUGACCCCUCGCAGCUGAUGGCUAGCUAUCCCGUAGUCGCGGGAGCAGGUUUUGCAACUCGAGGUGGGGUGCCGUCAGGAACGAGUGCCACUGGUAUAGCGUACGCCCGGCAUCUGCCGCACAAUGUCAGACCUGUGGCGGGUCUUGCACGAAAGGGGAAUCCCUCCAGCAGCAACAAUGCCGCAGAGCGUAAUUCCGGAGUGGGAAGUCUCGUUAGUUCUGACGGAAAUGCUGGUGGUGUGGCGUCGACUGGCAGUUGGAUCGGAAACUGGCUGAGACACACUGCCAGCAGCAGGUAAAGACAGUCGAAAUAAGCACGAACUUGUGCAGAGUUUUACAGUGUAGUGGUAUUUCGCGUCCGGUGUAUACGCUGUCGCGUGGAUGAAUUAAAGGACGCCGAUGGGUUUUGGUUUGGAAGCGUACGGACGCGGCGGUUGUCUCCCCGAUUGAGUUGGAGGAUCGAAUGAAGCAAUAUGUGGUGUCGCUUUGAGCACAUGUAGAAAAAGACGUUUCUGGAGAUCCACUGCUGUUUUCGACUGGUGGCAAAGUGUUUUUCAGUGUUCAACGUAUCGGGGUUGGAGGAAAAGGACGCAGAACUACUUUGCUGUGAAGCUUGAGGGACAGGACAAGAAGGUGUGCGUCGUGGCUAUUUAGUCAUUUCGUUCUUAGAUCUGUGCGGAAUUGCAUUUGGAUAAAUGGUAGCCUGCGUAAGCCACGGUCUGGCGUAAACCUGCAAUCGAGAUAGGAACUCUUUUUCCCGCAGCACCACGCGUACGUUCCAUUAUAUGCCACGUGCGUGAAGGGGGAGGCACUAGCGUAGAAGUGUCAUUUUGCCUCAAGCUCUCAAGAUGUAGAGAGAAAGGCUGGGUUGCAAAUUUGUGUGCGCACCUAUCCGUUUAAAUCAUGAGCGUCAUAUCUCGCGCGAGAGCCUGAGAAAGACGGCUGCCCUACUUUGGAGCAGGGUCUCGCGUUCGCGGGCAUGUGUCAAAAGCAAACUGCAGCGCGCGGAGCCUGGCGAAACGUCGGCGCUGGUUUCCGGGUCUCGUCGUUGGUAAAAAUACUGCUAACACUUCGGCCGCUUCAGGCAGUCGGAACAACGGUGCAAUCUGUUUUGGUCGUGUACGAUAGAGAAUCCGUUUCCCGUGGAAGUCACCGAGGUCAGAGCAGCGCGGGUUCGUAGAUUGGAUAUUGGAGGAUCCGGAUUCUGUUUAUGGGAGGACACGCAGGUGUGUUGCGUUAGGGCAAAGCCCUUCUCUGCCCAGAAGAACCGCGUUCAUUCGUUUUCUGAAAAGCCCGUCGACGGAAACAGAGUGGUGACAGAUUCAUCGUCUCUGUCUCUUCGCGGCCUAUCAACGUUCGACUGAAGGGUGUCUUCUGUUCCAAUUUUUUUUCUUCUCUGCGGGAGCCUCCGGAGGUUUCAACUCUAAGCAGUGGGCUCAAAGACAGGGUACCUGGUAAAACAGCAGACGGCCCCUGGCACUGGAAAAGUUUGCAAGUGUUGGGCGACUUCAAGUGUAAUUCGUUUUCAUUGCGCGUUGCUCAAGAGUUGCCGCGUACGAAUUUCUUGCUAAGAUAUUUGGUGACUUUUUUCCAGGAUUCUCGGAGUAGUCCUAUCCUGAAUUGGGCACCCCUUUCUAAGUAUUUGUUUUUGUCGAGCGGAUCCCUGAGGACUGCUUAUCUUCCUCAGCAGUUGUUAACAGGAAAGCAGAUACACAGAAGAAGAUGGAAGCCGUUGCUUCGCAUGCACGAGACUCUCCUGGCUGAAUGCUUUAAGUUUGCGCUGCACCAAUUCACUUCAACAGAACAGCUUUCUGCAGUGACAGAAAUAAACAAUUCACUCCAGGUCGGGGCAGUCAAUGGCGCAACAGCUGAUCCUGCUUUCAGCAUGAAUUUCCUAACUCAUCGUUAGGUGUGUUAAUCUGUACCCGUCGAUCUAGACACGUGAGGUUUCCUUCCUUGUAUAAAUCUAGUAAUGUCAAGUUCCUUUUUUUGCGCGGUACCACGUUCAAAUAACUGACGGGGUCGAGGCUUUCUCAGAUCUGCACCUCAGUAGGACUUUUUUCUCGAGCAUUCACCGAGACCAGCAAAUCCCCUGCUGUAUGCGCUGCCUUCGCGACACAAGAUGGGAGCCAGUGUUUUCUUCAUACUUUUCUGCAAAUGCUUUGCGAAUUUUAAGGUCACUCCUCUUUGAAAAUCCUUGGCC